CCCCACCGCCAUUUCUUCUUUUUCUUCUUCCUCCCCCUGCUCCGAAGUCUAGAAGAAGCCGUGCCGGCGGGGCGGGCGGAUUGAUGUGGGGGGGUCUGACAUGAGUCCGCCGGCCGCCGGGUGCUGCCAUGUGACCGGCUUCAAGGUGGAGAACUGGAAGCAGAACCUGAGGGUGAUCUACCAGUGCUUCGUGUGGAGCGGGUCGGCCGAGACCAGGAAGCGAAAGGCAAAGUCGUGCAUCUGUCAUAUGUGUGGUGCCCAUCUGAACAGACUUCAUUCUUGCCUGUACUGUGUCUUCUUUGGCUGUUUUACAAAGAAACACAUUCACGAGCACGCAAAGGCAAAGCGACACAACUUAGCCAUAGACCUUUUGUAUGGGGGUAUAUACUGCUUUAUGUGUCAAGAUUACAUAUACGACAAAGAUAUGGAACAAAUUGCCAAAGAAGAACAACGGAAGGCUUGGAAGCUACAAGCCUUCACCCCAACAAUGGUUUCUCACUACCAGUGUACAAUGACAGGUAUUGGAGAGAAGUAUUCAACAUGGGAGCCAACCAAACGAGAGUUAGAGCUGCUUCGACACAACCCCAAGCGGAGAAAAAUAACUACAAACUGCACCAUAGGUCUAAGAGGGCUAAUUAAUCUUGGGAACACAUGUUUUAUGAACUGUAUUGUCCAAGCACUUACCCACACUCCACUACUGCGAGAUUUCUUCCUCUCCGACAGACACAAAUGUGAAAUGCAAAGCCCCAGCUCAUGUCUGGUCUGUGAAAUGUCUACGCUUUUUCAGGAGUUCUACUCUGGGCACCGAUCUCCUCACAUUCCAUAUAGGUUAUUGCACCUGGUAUGGACACAUGCACGGCAUUUAGCAGGGUACGAGCAACAGGAUGCGCACGAGUUCCUCAUUGCUGCAUUAGAUGUGCUACAUCGACACUGCAAAGGUGACGAUAAUGGGAAGAAAGCCAACAACCCCAACCACUGUAACUGCAUCAUAGACCAAAUCUUUACAGGUGGACUACAGUCUGAUGUCACUUGUCAAGUCUGCCAUGGUGUUUCCACAACGAUAGACCCGUUCUGGGACAUCAGUUUGGACUUGCCAGGCUCCUCUACCCCAUUUUGGCCUCUGAGCCCAGGCAGCGACGGCAGUGUGGUGAAUGGGGAGAGCCACGUGUCAGGAACCACCACCCUCACAGACUGCUUGCGAAGGUUUACGAGGCCAGAACAUCUAGGAAGCAGUGCCAAAAUCAAAUGUAGCGGUUGCCAUAGCUACCAGGAAUCUACCAAACAACUCACUAUGAAGAAAUUACCCAUUGUGGCCUGUUUUCAUCUCAAACGGUUUGAACACUCAGCCAAACUGAGGCGAAAAAUCACUACAUAUGUUUCCUUUCCACUGGAGCUGGACAUGACACCUUUUAUGGCCUCCAGUAAAGAGAGCCGAAUGAACGGGCAGUACCAGCAGCCAGCAGAUAGUCUAAACAAUGAUAAUAAGUAUUCCUUGUUUGCGGUAGUUAAUCACCAAGGAACCCUGGAGAGCGGGCACUAUACCAGCUUCAUUCGGCAACACAAGGACCAGUGGUUCAAAUGUGACGACGCCAUCAUCACCAAGGCUAGCAUUAAGGAUGUACUAGACAGCGAAGGAUAUUUGCUGUUCUAUCACAAACAGUUCCUGGAGUAUGAGUAGCCUUAUUCAGCAGCUCAAGAGAGAAAUGAAAGGAAGCAAAAUGAGUGGCAGCCUUCUGAAAAGACACACAAACCUACCUGAAAAUGAAAAGACAUCCAUUCGACACCUGGCACUGAGCUGCGACCGAACCUGCUUGCCGCUGGCUCACGGCCUAGGGGAGUAAGAAAUGAACAAUGUCCACCGUGUACGGAGUCCUGCGAGGACGGAAGAGGGGGAAAUGUAAACGAGGCUACAGUCAGUGACUAUGGGAGAAGAAAUAGAAUAAUGCAAAGAUUGCUCUGGGUGGGGAAAAUGAGGGGAGCAGAAGAGUCGAGGCACUGGCACAUCUCCCUCCGUCCCUCUGAAAUGUGUGUGGGAAGGCCGGGGGGGGUGUACUCUCAUCUCCAUCAAGCAUCUUCUCCAUUGGUGCUUCAACUCCAACUGACCAAUCAUACGACAGUUAUAAUUAAACAAAACAAAACAAAAUAUCCAAGCCCAUUUUUUUUUUUUUUUUACACACAUGGGUCUGAAAGCAGUAAAAUGGAGGAGAAUUGGGACAACGCAACGAAAAUGGACUUUGCAAGUACCUUUUUAUUUGUGAAUUUUAGUUAUUAAAUAAAUACAGUAUGAAAUUA